AUGGAGAUUUCGUUAAUUUCUGAUACCCUGACAGCAAUCGCCACCAAAUAUGGUCAUGGACUAGGGUUUUCCAAUUUCAUCACGGAUCGCAACUGUUCUUCAUACGAUCAACAACUCCAAACCUACGCCCUAAUGGUCGCGAUCGAUGCCAUAGCUCCGCCGUCUGUUAAACCUAGAGUAGCACCUAAGAAACUGGCUAGAAAACGUUGCCGCGUCAAAAGAAGCUCGAAAAUCGACGGGGGUGGCCCCUACGUCGAUGAAGACGGAGGAGGGUUCUUUGAUGGUGGCGAUGGUCCGUUUGGUGGCGGCGGCGGCGGUGGAGGCAGUGGUGGUAAUUUCGAUGGGUUUAACUGGGACGAAUCGUUGCCGGCGUCGCCAUCGGAUCCGGCCUUUGAUUUUGUAUAUGAAAUGCUUUGCUGGAUCGUUUUUUCGAAUUGCUUGCACUUUGCCUUCAAGAAGGUCAUCAGGAUCUUGGCUGAUGGAGUUGCUGAUUCUGAAAGAGAGAAGGUUCCUUUGAGGUUUACUCCAAUAUGCUAA